GGAAGAAAUUGAUCAAACAUUUUAUUCGGACCAAUCGGUCAUAUUGAAGGGAGGAAUUUGCGGGGUUCAUUACCCUAAAGGAGUUUAUUGAAGCCUGAGUAACUAGUUAGAUAGAGAACUUUUCCAUAAAUAUUUUGAGAAUGAGUAUCUUUGACUCGCGUAAAUGACUUUGGAACACGCAAGAGGAGACCACGAAGCUGAAGAUUUAGGGAUCGAUCUCAAAAUGUCACGAAAUUGUUGACUCAGUUUCAUAAUAUCUUUCAGGAGGAAUGACAUGGUAGGCACGGCCUGCGGAACCGUUUUGACACUAUUCGAUUUUACUCGAUUGGAUCAGCUGGAUAGCUGGACAGAGAACUCUGACACAAUAAAACCUAGCGGAAUGUCGAAAGCCAUUCUCGUUAUCCAGAAAACGCAGAUUUUUCAAAGAGCAGUACUUUUCACUUUGUUUAACCCAAAACCGAAUGGGUCAGGUUUUGCAGCAGUUCGUUGCGAUGCGAACUUUGAUCUGAAACAGUUUCAAAAUAUUAUAAUCAAGUGUCGAGCACAGGGUAUUAAUCAAAAAUACAAAAUGCUACUGAGGCAUAAAGGAUUAUGUAAAGAUGCAGUGAUUUAUGGACAAGUUUUCACGGCUCCUGAAACUGACUUCGCAUCUGUGAAAUUGCCAUUGAUGGAUUUUAAGCCUUACUAUCGAGGGCAGCAAUUAACCCCAGAGGCGUAUCCUCUAGAUAUAUCGGCAAUAACGAGUAUGGGCAUUAAAGUGGACAACGGACCUUAUCUUCCUGAUAAUCAGCCUGGAGUAUCGGCCCUCGAAAUCGAUUGGAUUAAAGCCGUUAAAUAA